UACGGCACGGACAGGUGACUGACUCGCAAUGGCUGUGGCUUUGGAUGCAGUGUGGAUGAGGGUGAAGAAUGUCUGCAAACAGAACGGACUCCUCAUCCUGUCAGUGUUGGCUGUGGUCAUAGGGUGUCUUUUGGGGUUUUUCCUCAGGACAAAGCGCCUCACAGAGCAGGAGGUGAAGUAUUUCCAAUUUCCUGGAGAGCUGCUGAUGAGGAUGCUGAAGAUGCUGAUUCUCCCCCUCGUUGUAUCCAGUUUGAUGUCGGGACUGGCAGCCCUAGAUGCCAAGUGUUCCAGUCGGCUAGGCCUGAUCACAGUGUCCUAUUACCUAUGGACCACUUUUGUUGCUGUGGUAGUUGGUAUUAUCAUGGUUUCAAUCAUCCACCCUGGUGGAGCUGCCCAGAAGGAGGAUUCUGAGGACAGUGGCAAGCCCAUCAUGAGUUCUGCUGAUGCUUUGUUAGACCUCAUCCGCAAUAUGUUUCCAUCUAAUCUGGUUCAGGCCACAUUUCAACAGUAUCGAACAAGCAGUGAGUCCAUCAUGAAGCCCAAGCCCACUGUUGGUCAGAGCCUAUCAGAGUCUGCCACACGACGAGCCCUCAUCUAUGGUAUUCAGGAUGAUAAUGGAACAGAUAUCCAGAACUUUUCCCUUGACCUGACCCCACCUCCAGAUGUACUGAUACGCACGCGGCCAGGAACAAGUGAUGGAAUGAAUGUCCUUGGAAUUGUCAUCUUUUCAGCGACCAUGGGUAUUAUGCUGGGAAGGAUGGGACCAAAUGGCAGUGCCUUGGUCAAUUUCUGCCAGAGCUUGAAUGAGGCUGUCCUGAAAAUUGUUGCAAUUGUUAUCUGGUACUUCCCAUUUGGCAUUGUAUUCCUGGUGGCUGGUAAGAUCCUAGAGAUGAGUGACCCUUCAGCAAUGGGAAAGAAGCUGGGCUUCUAUGCUGUCACCGUGGUAUUUGGUUUGGUAUUGCAUGGCCUCUUCAUUCUCCCAGCUAUGUACUUCUUCAUUACUAAAAAGAGCCCCAUUGUUUACAUACGGGGAAUCCUGCAGGCCCUGCUCAUUGCUCUGGCAACCUCCUCCAGCUCUGCAACUUUGCCUAUCACCUUCAAGUGCCUCUUAGAGAACAACCACAUCGACCGCCGCAUCAUACGUUUUGUGCUGCCCGUGGGUGCGACCAUCAACAUGGAUGGCACUGCUCUCUACGAGGCUGUGGCAGCCAUAUUCAUCGCCCAGGUUAAUAACUAUGAACUGGACUUUGGCCAGAUCAUCACUAUCAGCAUCACAGCCACGGCAGCCAGCAUCGGUGCAGCAGGAAUACCACAAGCAGGACUGGUUACCAUGGUGAUAGUGCUAACGUCAGUCGGGUUGCCAACCGAUGACAUUACUCUAAUCAUCGCAGUAGACUGGGCAUUAGACAGAUUCCGGACCAUGGUGAAUGUAAUGGGAGAUGCUUUGGCCACGGGCAUCAUGGCACAUAUUUGCAGGAAAGACUUCAUGAAAGAAGGAGAUGGGGUGCCUUUGAUUUGUGAGAGCAAACCUGUGGUGAACACCCCUCCGCUCAUGAACUGUCAGAACAACAACGGCAGUUACCGGCCCUCCUUAGGGGUAAAACCUGAGCACAUCCCACCCGAUGUAGCCAGACUGAUGCAGCUGGAAGAGGGUAUUCGACCGCCACACCCAACAGAGAGGAAAAAGCCUCCCAUUCCCCCGAGGCACCUGAAAAAAGACAAGGAGCACUGCACCAUAGAUAUGAAUGGCCUUGAGACGAAUGUAUAA